AUGGGCGCUGGUUUUGGCUGUACUGCGGGCCUGUUCGUUUUGGCCGCCAUCUUGUAUAUCAUCGUGCUCUGUGCACGAAAGAAGUGGGCAUCCCCUUUUGUCGGGCCCUAUCUGCCCAAGGAUCUCGAUGAGUUCGAGACCGCAAUGGAAAUCGUCCGACAAGGCCCUGAACCAGUGGCUGCCGCCGCUGGUGGUGCUAGUGAGAGGCUUGUGCCUUUGAGCUCUCUUCAUAUAUCUUGUCGUGCUUUCCACACUUUCGUUUCAAGGGGUUUUCUCUGCAAAUACACUCUAAUCAUGAUGACUCCACCCCUCAAUCGAACGCCGGACUUCGUCUACCCCUCAGCGGGCGCUUCCUCCCCCAGAAUACCACUAAAGGCAUCCACAACGUUCUGGGGGAGUGCCAACUUUCAGGCAUUGGCUAAAGGCCAGUCGCCCUGGGCCCGAACACCAGUGGCUGGCACCAGCACUGGGGCUGGGACUGGGGAUGCUGGUGCUGGUGCUGCCUCCGGUGUUGCUGCUGGUGCCGCUGGCGCCGCUACUACAACUACUAAUGCUACUGCUGCUACUACUACUGGUCGUACUGUUUCUGGGUCCUGA